AUGAAGGACAAAGGUCUGCCAGUCCCUACUCCUCUGUCCCUCGUCCCUGCAGCCCCCACGCCUCUGUCCCUCGUCCCUGCAGCCCCCACGCCUCUGUUUCUCGUCCCUACAGCCCCCACGCCUUUUCCCUCGUCCCUGCAGCCUCUUUCUCUUGCCCCUACAGCCCCCACGCCUCUGUCCCUCGUCCCUGCAGCCCUCCCCCCUCUGUUCCUGCAGCCCCCACGCCUCUAUCCCUCGCUCCUGCAGCCUCCACGCCUCUCCACCACCUCCCACACCACACCGCCACCACCUCCCCUGCACACUUACACCAGCUUCCCAAACACUUAUCUACGCCCAAAGUCAUCACUACUCACUCCCUCACUCACCCAUACAACCAGUCAUUCCCUCAUUCACCCAUACAACCACCCAACCAUUGAGUCACAGCACAGCCUCAGCCUCACAGCCUCACAGCCUAAACACAAGCCUUUACCCAGCCAGCCAGCCAGCGAGCGAGCGAGUCACCGAGCGAUCUACCAGUCACCUCUCGCCCUGGUCCUCUCCGAGCUUCUGUGCCUCCCAGUCAUGUUUGUGUUCCGGGGCGGCAGUGUGCAGACGUGA